AUGCCGGCUGUUGCUUCAAUAUCAGAAAUUUCUGGAGCGACUGUGUUGACUGUAGCAUCCGGUGAAGCUAGCAGCAUUGAAGACGUGGAAAACCUGCUUACAAAUAAACCGGAACCUCUUCAUGUUUCCGGAAAAAUAUACCUUGCGAACGAAGAGGAAGUGGUUCUGAAAGAUUCUUUUCUACGGUACUCCGGCAACGGUUUUAAUAUUAACAUCGGCAAAACGGUUCUGACCAUUGAAGACGCCAAAUGGGAAGUACGUGGAAUUGUAUUCGUAGAUUGUCUCUACGCUACGCUUCCAUUGCAGUGA